UUAAAAGAGAAUCACUUUUGAGUUGGUUAUCUUUUUGUCCUUAUUUUAUCCCUCAAGCAUUAUGUUUUUGAAUCAAUGUUCAAAGUAAAUUUAUUAUUAAAGUACGCAUACAUUAUACAACUUUGAGGUUUGUUUCAAACAGGCUGUUGUAAAACAAAGAAAGCCGAAAGCGAUAUUGUGUUACAGUUGUGUAAGUGACUGGAGGCCACACUUGUAUUGUGUACAGCUCUUGUCACCGUUAUAGGAAAGGUGGUUAAACUGAGGAGAGUGUAGAAAAGAUUUCCAAGGAUGUUUCCCGGACCUGAGGUUCUCAGUUACACAGAGAGGUUGGUCAGACAAUGUCCGUUGUCCUUUAUUCCUUGGAAUCAGAAUCAUUUAUCACCGUGUUAUAUGACAAGGAAUCUGUCAUUUUAUUUUGACGGCAGUACAAUGCGAUGAAGGUGCAGAUGUGAACAUUGGGUCAGCAGAACGCCAAGAGAUUCUGGGAAUAGCGAACAACGCGGACAAAAUGCUGGAGGAACCCAGCAAGUCCGGCAGCAUCUCCCACCAGAGUCCUGAGGAAGGGUCUCAGCCCGAAAAGUCGGUUGUUUAUUCCCACCAUUGAUGCUGCCUGAGUUGCUGAUUUCCGUCAGCAGUGAGUGUGUAUUGUGUCAGAGAGAGUGAGUUAAAGGAGAGGGCGGCUUAGACCAGUGUCACUGUGUUUGUGAGUCCGAACACAUCGUAGGAUUUCUCAGCACCUCCUGUAGAAAAUGAAAAGAUUUUUCUGUUUCGGAACCGCCCCACUCCCCAGCUCAGACCCGAAGAGGGAAUUAACCGCAAAGUUUUAAUUCGAUUAAAUAUUUCAGCCAUAAAACAGAGAACAGGUCAACGAUCGGGAGAGAGAACGCGGGCAAUGCAGUAAUGAAACGGGUUAAAAUAGAAAGCGCUGCCUUUAAUACCGAUUAAACUUUCUUUCCAGCGAACCUUCUGGCCUCCGGGACGGACAGGGACUAGUCCGAGUCUUCGCAGCGUCCGAUUUGAAUUGGAAUCAGCGAGUUUUUGAGGAGAGAGAAACACAGAAAAAUGAAGCCGCCGGGAGCUGACAGCAGGAUGUCUCCGCCCCGUCCGCUCGCUGCCUUUAAAUUGCUCUGUGCCGCCGCCUUUCGCUUCAUUUCUCAUUCAGUUCUGAUUGUGAGAAGGAUUUACCAGAGUCGCCGACAUGACUGAGACAGCACCCGCCGAAACGGCUCCUCCAGCCGCACCCGCCGCCGCAAAGAAGACUCCCAAGAAGAAGGCGGCUGCCCGGAGCAAACCAACCGGUCCCUCGCUGGGCGAACAGAUCGAUAAGAUCGUGGCGGGUUGUCACGAUAGGAAGGGUAUGUCCGGUGCGGCCAUCAUGAAGGCUCUGGCCGACAGCGGUGUCGAUGUGGCGAAACGUCGCCACCAGGUCAAAAUGAGCAUCAAGAGGAAAGUGGAAAGCGGCUCCUUGGUUCAGGCCAAGGGCUCGGGUAUUUCGGGAUCCUUUAAAUCCGGUAAAGGGAAAACUGCCGUGAAGGUGGUGAAGAAAGCGAACAAGCCAGCGGCAAAGAAAUCUCCCAGCAAGAAGCUUGGCGCCAAGAAACCAGCGGCUAAAAAAGCGGCAGCAAAGAAACCAGCGGCUAAGAAAGCGGCAGCAAAGAAACCAGCGGCUAAAAAAUUGGCGACCAAAGCGGCGCGGAAGAGCGCUCCUGCCACCGGCGGAGAAAUGCCUGAUGCAUCGAAACCCGCUCCCAAGAAGGGCGCCAUGAAAGCUCUGUCCAAACCGGCGAGCAAGUCUGGCAAGAAGCGCAAGAGGACGAGGAAGGAGAGUUACGCCAUCUACAUCUACAAAGUGAUGAAGCAGGUUCACCCCGACACCGGCAUCUCCUCCAGAGCCAUGAGCAUCAUGAAUUCAUUCGUGAACGAUAUUUUCGAGCGCAUCGCGGGUGAGGCUUCCCGCCUGACCCAUUACAACAGGCGGUCCACCAUCAGCUCCCGGGAGAUCCAGACCGCCGUGCGCCUGUUGCUGCCCGGGGAGCUGGCCAAGCACGCCGUGUCCGAAGGGACAAAGGCGGUGACCAAGUACACCAGCUCCAAGUAA